AUUCUUUAUCUCAUUUGAAAUUUGAAUACCUUGCGUAAUUUAUAUACUGGAUUUUAUAUUUGCACCUCUAUUCCGAGAGUUUCUCCAUGUAGCAUCGAAGAUACUAAGCUCAUAAAAUAAAAUGUCGACAAUUUUUAUUACACUUACUUUGCAAGUCAUUGAGAAAUGUGUUAUUUGCGUAAGACCGUCAUACCCGCAGAGUUGGCAGCAUCUAUUUCAAAUCGACGAAUCGACAAGAUUUCACUUACGUUUAGUAACAAGAGCAUUAACAUAAUAAAACGAAAGUAAAACAAAUGCUUUCAGUCGAAAGUAAGAGCAAAGAAAUUUUAAAAAAUGAGUAUGUGAAUCAAAUUAAAUUAGUCUCCAAUUUGUAUAAAUAACAGUUUGUUUGUAAUUGCACUCCUUAUUUAAGAUUAUUUUCCUUGAAAAUAUUUUCAUAUACAUGCCAAAAGCGGAAGAAAAAAAGUCGAUUAAAUUGGCGCGUCGGAAGGCACCCUUACGACCAAUAAACUACCCUUAGUAUCACUUAACGAAUUCUAAUAGCACCAAAAAUGAUUUGUACAAUUUGUCGAAAAAUAGAUUUGAAAUGAUAAUUAAUUAAAAUUAAUUGACAGCGAUUUAUUUUGCGGAAUUAAAUCUGAUUUUUUUAAUCGGAUAUUAAUUUAAUAAUGUUUGAUUUUUUCUCUGUGAAAUACGCAAGUAAAUUAUAGAUUUAUUUUUUCUGGUGAGCUUUUCUUUUUUCUUGCUAUAGUUUCUCUUAAAUAAUUCAUCAAAGUUAAUGUUAAAAUCACGAUUCAGGAUCUUGCGACGUUUCAAAAUGUUCGAGCUAUUUUGCAAUAACCGUUAAUGUAUUUCUUUCGAGAAAAAUGUCUCUAUCGUAACGCGCCAUUAUCGAAUAACGAAAUUCCAGAAAGCAACGUGCAAUUCCGUUAUAUCAUGUCGUUAUUAUAUGUUCACGAAAGAGUCUUUCAUUUUACGAGGCGCCGCGUUAGAUGUGUCGUCUUGCUGUAUCGAUAUAUGUGCCACUGGCUAACAAGCGUAAACGAUGCCAGAUAGUUACGUAAAAUGAAGGACACGAGUUUCGAUGUUCAUCGAUAUAGGCUUCCGAUGCCUGUCCAAUUCUAAUGGCUACACCGUGGGAAACUCUGUUAACGCUGCAACAGUUGGAACAUUUCGCGACCGCACUAAAUAGCUUUGGGUUAACUCUCAAAUAGUUUAUUUGAUUACAGACUUAUGACAUUUUCUUCAUUCAUUUUCUAUUUCAAAAUAAUUCUUACGUCUCCCUUAGAUUUUGAUUUUCUGAAAAUUGAUUCUGGUACCAACUUGAUGAACUACUUAUAUAUACGUAUUUGUACUUUAAUUCUCUUGGAUCGCCUACGCUUACCUAUAAUAACGCUAAUGAUCAGACAAUUUAAUAUUACAUCUUUAAUGUUACGACAAUUAUAGUCAGCAAAACCUCUUCGUCUUCGUUUCGCGUCUGUGUCGAGCAUUUUUGUAGCGAUAACGAUGUAGCGACGACAAGAGACAGCGAAGGCCGAAUUUGUGUCAACGGUGAGUGAACGUGUCGCACACUUGGGCGGCGCGGAACAUCCCAGAUAAUCGUUUGCCGACCUCGCCAUCGUUCUUUUUUCUUCUUUUUUCUCUUUUAACGACAAUGCCGGUGAAUGGAUGGUCGCGCGGUGCUGGUAUUUACCCAGCCGCAUCCGAUCGUUCGAUCACACACAGGCAUCAGGCGGAUGGAAUGCCCCUCUGCUCUUCCUCGUCGUAUCCGCCGUUGUGGCACGGUGCACGGUGCGAUUACUUUUCAUUUCGUUACGUGCCCGCCUCGCAGUUGCACACGGGUAAGCCGGCGCUUACGUUCCGGCAUUCGGAUCUCACUCUCCGCCGGCAGAACGACAGGACGGAUGUCCAUCGAGAGUGAACCGCGAGCGCAGCUCGAUGAGAAGCGCAUGAAGCUGAAGCCGCGCAGGAGGUGCUCCGAUCUCUAACUCCGGCCGGCGAUGCACGUCCCAGCUAAGUGUGACGAUCGCUACUAGGAGAGUUCAAUGACGGAUCGGCGUUUGCACAAGAGCCUUUUACACGUGAUAGCGGCGUUACGUAACGACCGUUUGCACAGGUACAUCAGUGACGCGAUUAGAAGCAGGAGAUGCCGUUCCGCGGGUAGAACAAUCUGGGAAAUUCCUGAAAAAGCGACUCCUCGCAAUUCGGUCUUGCAACCCGUCGUUUGCUGUGCAAACAUACAGAAUGACGACAUUGCGUUUCGCCGGCAUAAUUUUCGUCUGCAGCCUCGUUUCAAGCACAGCGCGCACCUAUGCCCUUCAGGUUGGUGUCAGAGUUGUCAGGAUCAAGAUACGGGAUGGGAAAAGAUCGCUGGUGCCAAGCCAGCAAACGCUGUUGAGACUGUAAUUUACAGAAACGGCGUUACGUCCAUAGGUAACAACGGUAUCAUCGCGCCUUGCUUCGACAGGUGUAAAAGUCUGAAUUGCACAGCUUUCGUAGUCGAUUUCUCGAGAAACAUAUGCUACAGCGUGCAAGCAAAGAGCGAGGAACUCAUUCCCGAAACGAAUGCCACGCUUUUUCAUCAGAUCUGUAUGACGGUCUCUCCGAGCUGCAAAGAACAGAGACUCUGGCAAGUGGAAAGAACCUUGGGAGCCGUUUUAAAAGAGGGACAGUCCGGCUGGUAUCAUGAAGCAUUACGAAGAAGCGAGUGUUACGAGAGGUGUCUGCAAGCAGGGGACGACUGUGCAUCCGCGCAAUUUCGUACGGGCGAACCUUUGUCGAUCGACAAUACCAUUGGUACGUGUUCGUUGUCGAAACUCGAAAGGGGUACCAGACCGCAAGCCUACAGAUCGUCGAUGUAUCGGGACGAGUAUCUACAGGAUCAGUGCCAUAACAUAUCGAAGAAGAGCUAUUGUUCCUACGCCGAAUAUCGAAACGUAUCAUUGCCAUACUCGGACGUGGUGUUACCGGGACUGGAUGUGAAGCAGUGCGAGGAGAGAUGUGAUCGCAGCGUGGAUGGUUUCAUAUGCAGAGCUUAUACAAUUGAUUAUUCGGAGGAGAGACCGCUCUGCCUGCUGCAUUCCGACAGCACAAUCGGUCUUGGAGUCAGUUCGCUGGUUACGAGACCUAAUGUAAUCUACAAGGAGCAAGAGCCUUGUCUAGAUGUGAAAGUGGAGUGUGGCGAGUCAACUAUGACGAUCAUACUAACCACUGCGGAGCCCUUCAUAGGACGAAUGUACGCGAGUGGAUACGGAGACAUUUCGACCUGCAGCGUUAACGGUGUUGGGAGAAACGUCACGAUAUUGACACUGCCGCUGCCAAAGAAGGAAGAUAUUGACAAGCCCAAAAUCGCGUGCGGCCUUACACCCGCGUUUUCCAUCGACAAUGAAAAUCUGACGCACACGUUAAUUUGGGCCAUCAUUGUGAUACAGUACAAUCCGAUCAUUCAGCGAUUGGGAGACCAGUCCGUGAGAGUCGGAUGCUCCUUAGAUAGCGGUCUUCCGGGACCAAGAAACGUGACCGUUCAUUCGAAUUUCUCUUUCCCGGAUCCAAACGCAGGCGUACCGCCGGUUGGGUCAAUUGUAGUGAACGUAUCGUCCGAGGUGCCAGUGGUGACGAUGAGGAUCCUCAACGAGAACAAUACGGACGCUAUCGUUACCCAGUUGGGUCAGAAGCUAACGCUCAGAAUUGAAAUUCGACCCGUAAACGGAACUUACGAUAUCGCAGCUGGACAUCUUGUAGCUAGUAGUGAAACCGGAGAAUCUUCGUAUCUUCUUCUCGACGAAAUUGGAUGUCCGACGGAUCCGACAACUUUUCCCGCGCUAUUGAAAGAUCCAAUCGACAACCGUUCUUUGAUCUCAACAUUUUCCGCCUUCAAAUUUCCCGACAGUCAAAUCGUCCGAUUCAACGUCAUCGUUAGAUUUUGUAUCGAGGAAUGUGACCCGGCCAUAUGCAGAGGAGGACAGCCCUCGUGGGGUAGGAAGCGACGGUCGAUCGAGGAGCCGGUCACCGCCGAGGUAACAGAAAUUUUCAGAAACCUCACCCCCGCGGAAUUACCGUUGCAACUAUCUAUCGUCGUUCAAAGUCCAGUGAUAACGGCGGGCCAUUUAACCAGAGAAAAACCUGAUACGCUUUUGAUCACCGAAAACUCGGACAACCUUUUUUGCGUAGACGCGAGUCUAGCUCUGGGUCUUCUGAUCUUUUGGUUAAUAAUUCAGAUUGUACUCACCGCCGGUUGCAUUAUAGCAGUUCGUCGCUACAGAAAAAUGGCCGUAGAGGCUGAAGAGGAUAGAGCUGAGAUAUUGGCGAGACAUCUUUACGGGAUUCACGGAGGAAACUUUGAAGUCGCACGAAGAGUCAGGUGGGCCGACCGUAACGAUUCCUCGAUCGGAUGAUGGAUUCUUUUUCCCCUUUUUCUCAAACACAAAGACAAUUUUGUAUAGAUUGGUAAAAAAAAAGUUUUAAAUAAAAUUGAAAAAGUUAUUACAUC